AUGGACCACCGCCGGGAGACGGCCAGCCCUCCAGAGAGAGAAGCGAACGGACGCCGAGGAGAGGGGUUGAAGGCCGAACAGGCAUCCUACAGACAGGCCGACGCCAGGAAAGUCUGGCCGCCGCCGCAAUCAACCUGCCACCACCACAGCAGCCGCCGGGCACGCACCCCCGCAGCCACCGCCGCUGCGCCGCCACCCCGACCAGCCGAGGGGGCCUCGGUCAGGGCCGCCGCCCGCAGCCCUAGCCGUCGCGGCCCGCGCCGCCGAGAGGCCAGACCCGGAAGAGCCGCCGCGGCCCGCGCCGCCGAGAGGCCAGACCCGGAAGAGCCGCCGCGGCCGCCGUGUCCAACCUCCAACCCGCACCACCACCACCAACUGCCGCGGUGCCACCACCACCUGCCACGGCCACGGCAGAGGUGGCCACUGGCAGCCCGUGCCACCAUGAGCCAGAUCUGGCCGCGCAGGAGUCGCCGCCGUCUCGGGCACACGCGCGCCACCCGCCUUAGCCGCCCGCCGCGGGGGGAGGCAGGGACGUCAGGGAGCUGCCCCAGCCCGCCGCGCCGCCAUGGAGCCCGGCUGCAGCGCUAUGACUCGGCCCGGGGCGCCGGCCCGCGCCAGCACCGCCCGAGCGGGGAGACAAAGGGGCCCCGCCGCCGCCGGCAACAGCAGGGCUUCGCCCGGCCGCGCCCCCGGGCGGCGGCGAGGGAGGAGGAGGGGGGAGGAGGGAGCGGCGGCGAGGGUUGGGGUUGGCCUCCGGGCCGCCUCGCGGGAGACGACGCGGAGGGAGGGAGCCGCUUCUCAAAAACUGUGAUAUCCACCCGUACCUUAAUUCUCAUAAACUCGCCCAUCGCAGUUCCACCAUGA